AUGUUGAACCCUACAUUUGUUCUGUGGGAAAUAGGAUAUCCCUUAUACACUUAUGGCUCCAUCAUCAUUAUUGCAUUAAUUAUUUGGCAAGCGAAAAAGAACCAUCAAAGAUUGAAAUUUGGACCUUACAAGAGCGGUUGCCGGCAUCAACGGAGAAUCAAACAAAGGACUAAAGAUAGAACAUCAAGAGGUAAAAAACAUUCCUCCAAAGAAGAUGAGAAGCCAUGGGAGCUGAUCGCUAUCAUGAAAAGCCAGCGCUGGUUUCCUCAGGAGGGAAGUGUGCGGAGGCUCCUGUGUGCAGACCCCUCCUGCCCUGUCUGCAAUGCUAUGGCUCUGGAGAUUAAGCAGUUGCUGGAGAAAGCUGCAGAAGCUGGCUUCGGAAAUAAGAUGAAGCAUUUUACACACUGGAUUAAACACAAGUUGAAAGCUCAAGGGCAUAAAGAAUCCAUUCUCCUUUCUGAGGAUGAGACAGUGGCCAAAACCACGACCAAAAAGGUGAAGAGUCCACCCUCCACCAGACGCCCUGUGAAGCAAUAGAGGACAAGAAUAUCACCUUCUUUGAUGCCCACCAGUGCCUAGACAAUGAACUCCAGCAACACCCCUUUGAGCCUGGCCACUCCUGGUUCCAGUGCCUUUCCCACAACAGAUCUAAGCACUGUCCUCAGCUGACUUGU